GGACAGUGUCUGAAACACAACCUCAGUUCACUCCUUCUUCCAGCUUUGCCGAUUGAACCAGACUCUCUCAUACGAUCUCUCCACUUCAUCUCCUCCUGUAUAUAAAGAGGUGAUCCAGCAGUCCAGCAUCACUGUCUGCUUGGGAAGAUAUUCACAGAGUUCUCCACCACCUCAGCAGAAGAACCCAUCCACAAGAUCAUCCACCAGAGGACAAGAACAUCUUGUUAACUGGUAAUUAUGUCUCUGCCGUCAUGGCGAUCCGGUGCUCCUCCUUGCUCCUUGGGGUCAUGUGUCUCCUCAGUGUCCAGCUAGCUGGUGCUGAUGUUGCUGUUGGAGAUGAUCUCAACCUUCCUCCAUCUCUUGGCACUGCGGGAGAUAAACAACCUGUUCUCAAAGCCUCUGGAUGGACAUCAUAUGGACCACGCCAAUUCAUGUUCUUUGCCAUCGAAAAAACCUGGGAGGAGGCUGAGAGCACCUGUGAGGAGUACGGCGCUCAUCUGGCUUCAGUGCACAGUGAGAAUGAAGACUCUUUCAUUAAGCGUCUGAUUUACAAUCAGGCUGGUUAUAAUCGUCCCUCGUGGCUCGGUGGCUACAACAGUCACAUGGUUCCACAACGCUGGUACUGGACAGAUGAGUCUGCUUUUGACUUCUCUCCCUGGACCCCAGGCCAGCCAGAUGGCUCUGGACACUGUCUGCAGACCAACUUCAAAGGUGGCUGGGAUGAUCUUAACUGCAACAGUAAAAUUCCUUUUGUCUGUGCUCGACGGAUCACGAAAGGCUCUGUGGGAGAUAAACAACCUGUUCUCAAAGCCUCUGGAUGGACAUCAUAUGGACCACGCCAGUUCAUGUUCUUUGCCAUCGAAAAAACCUGGGAGGAGGCUGAGAGCACCUGUGAGGAGUACGGCGCUCAUCUGGCUUCAGUGCACAGUGAGAAUGAAGACUCUUUCAUUAAGCGUCUGAUUUACAAUCAGGCUGGUUAUAAUCGUCCCUCGUGGCUCGGUGGCUACAACAGUCACAUAGUUCCCAAACGCUGGUACUGGACAGAUGAGUCUCCUUUUGACUUCUCUCCCUGGACCCCAGGCCAGCCAGAUGGCUCUGGACACUGUCUGCAGAACAACUUCAAAGGUGGCUGGGAUGAUCUUAACUGCAACAGUAAAAUUCCUUUUGUCUGUGCUCGACUGAUCACGAAAGGUGAGUUUAUGUUUUUUAACAGUGGACCUGGAAGAUUGUGUUUUUCAGAAAUAUGUUUUUUUUUCAUCUUCAAAUAUUGAUCCAGACCUUUAGAGAUGAUCAGGUGACAUUUGAGUGGGUGUGAAAGAGUUCACACUCCUCUUUACUGAAUUAGGGGCUCAGAUUGAUCUUUAGAUGAGUC